CCUUGCUUUGCAUCCUGAACGUGUGUUGGUGGCAACAGGUCAAGUUGGAAAAGAACCAUACAUCUGUGUGUGGGACUCAUACACUGUGCAAACUGUAUCUGUUCUGAAAGAUGUUCACACACAUGGUAUAGCUUGCUUGGCUUUUGAUUUAGAUGGUCAGCGUUUGGUAUCAGUUGGUUUGGAUUCGAAAAACACAGUUUGUGUAUGGGACUGGAGAAAAGGAAAAUUGUUAUCAAUGGCUCCUGGUCAUACAGACAGAAUAUUUGAUAUUUCUUGGGAUUUGUACCAGCCAAACAAGCUCGUCAGCUGUGGCGUAAAACACAUCAAGUUCUGGAGCUUGUGUGGCAAUUCACUGACACCAAAACGUGGUGUUUUUGGCAAAACUGGUGAUCUCCAAACUAUAUUGUGCCUAGCCUGUGCAAGGGAUGAAGUGACGUAUUCUGGUGCACUGAAUGGAGAUAUAUAUGUAUGGAAAGGAAUCAACCUUGUACGGACAAUACAGGGAGCACAUGCUGCAGGAAUUUUCAGCAUGAAUGCAUGCGAAGAGGGAUUUGCCACUGGUGGCAGGGAUGGCUGUGUUCGCUUGUGGGACUUAAAUUUUAAACCAAUUACUGUGAUUGAUCUCAGGGAAACAGACCAGGGAUAUAAAGGUCUGUCUGUAAGAAGUGUUUGCUGGAGAGGAGACCAUAUACUCGUUGGGACACAAGACAGUGAAAUUUUUGAAAUUGUGGUGCAUGAGCGUAAUAAGCCUUUCCUGAUAAUGCAGGGGCACUGUGAAGGAGAGUUGUGGGCUUUGGCUGUCCAUCCUACAAAACCACUAGCAAUGACUGGAAGUGAUGAUCGAUCAGUCAGAAUUUGGAGUUUAAUAGACCAUGCUCUGAUUGCGCGGUGCAAUAUGGAGGAACCCAUUCGCUGUGCCGCAGUUAGUACUGAUGGAAUCCAUCUCGCUCUUGGAAUGAAGGAUGGCUCUUUCACUGUGCUUCGAGUCAGAGAUAUGACUGAGGUUGUUCAUAUCAAAGACAGGAAAGAAGCUAUUCAUGAACUGAAAUAUUCACCAGAUGGAAAUUUCCUGGCUGUUGGUUCCAAUGACAGCUCUGUGGAUAUAUAUGGUGUUGUUCAACGAUAUAAGAAAGUUGGGGAAUGUAUUGGAUCUUUAAGUUUCAUCACCCAUAUGGAUUGGUCUUCGGACAGUAAAUACUUGCAGACCAAUGAUGGCAAUGGGAAGAGACUUUUUUACAGAAUGCCAGGUGGAAAAGAAGUAACAAACAAGGAGGAAUUAAAAGGCAUUCAGUGGGCAUCAUGGACCUGUGUUUCUGGCCUUGAAGUUAAUGGAAUCUGGCCCAAAUAUUCAGAUGUAAAUGAUAUAAAUUCUGUGGAUGCAAAUUUUAUUGGGCAAGUUAUGGUUACAGCUGAUGAUUAUGGAAUAGUAAAGCUCUUUCGAUACCCAUGUCUAAGAAGAGGAGCAAAGUUUAAAAAAUAUCUUGGUCAUUCUGCUCACGUGACAAAUGUCAGAUGGUCACAUGAUCACCAGUGGGUUGUUUCCAUUGGGGGAGCUGAUCAUUCUGUCUUUCAGUGGAAAUUUGUCCCUGACCGGAAGUUGAAGGAUUCUCUUCAUAUAGCACCCCAAGAGAGUCUGGUUGAUUCUAAUAGUGAUGAAUCAGAUUCGGAUCAGUCUGAUGUUCCAGAGCUGGACUCUGAAAUUGAACAAGAGACACAGAUCACCUAUCGUCGACAGGUUUACAAAGAAGAUCUACCUCAACUUAAAGAGCAAUGCAAAGAAAAAAGAAAAAGUGCAGCUUCUAAGAGACGAGAGCGUGCUCCAGGGAACAGUAUAAGAUUACAUUUUGUUCAUGG